GGAUGUAGGCUGACUGCCGGCAAAAAUAUAAGAUGUCUGGCACAGUCUCGGAUCUCUGCAGCCUGGGGAGGGAGGGUGACUUGUAAUGCAGACGGAAGGAAGCCCUGUGCGAGCCUGCGACGUGUAAUUCCAUUCCAGGACUGGGGGAGGGGGGGUUUGUGGCUAAACCAAGCCCCCGUUACAGUUGUAACAGCAAAUCUCUCGCUACCUGUGUGUGAGGUGAAGUGAGGUGUUGAUCUGAUAUUCCUUUCGAAGCCGUCUCUUCCCAAUCGCACGUGAACCCAAUCGCAAAGAAGCCAUUUGUGCGCUGCUUUAAAGUCUUCCCUUUUCGGAGCACGUUGAGAGUGAUGGAAGGUGACGGAGACAUUGUCCACUGUAGUAAUGCUGCUGUGUUCGUGAAGAUCGAAAGGCCGCAACUCGUCGAGAAAAGCAACACCACCUCAGAAGUUUGGAGGUACUUUGGCUUCCAGCCAGGCAGCGAUGGAAGGCCGGAGAACAUAGAAACUCCAGUCUGCAAGAUCUGUUUCCGUGUCAUCCCAGCCAAAGCCUCAAACACCAGUAACCUUUAUGCCCACCUGAAAUCCCAGCACCCUCACAUUUACAUCGAGGUGAAAGGCAAGCCCAACCAGACCCCCACCACUCCCACGUCAUGUGGGGAGCCCAGUAGAGAGCACCAGCCCACAAUGAGGGAGCUCUUUCAACGCAAGGACAAGUUCGAUCCCAAGGGUAGGGAACACAGAGAGCUGACCAAAGCAGUGACUUAUUGCAUCACCAAGGACAGGAUGCCUCUAAACACCAUUUCCAAACCGGGCUUCCAACAUCUGCUGGGCAAGUUCAACCCCAGGUACGAACUACCGAGCAAGAACUACUUCUCCAGGGUGGCUAUUCCGUCGCUCUAUGCAGAAGUCCGUAAGGUGGUCGAGAAAGAGGUGAGGACUGCCGAGUGUUUCGCCACCACCGUCAAGACUUGGACCUCGAGGAGCAACGAGAUGUUCCUGACGUUUUCACUUCAUUCAAUCGAUGGUGACUGGAAUCUCAAAAGCCACUGUCUGCAGACUCAGUAUCUACCAGAUGAGCACACGGGCAAGACACUAAAGUGCACCCUCGAAGAUGCCUUGGAGGAGUGGGCUUUGGAUCCUGGCAACUUGGUAGCCGUCACUACUGACAAGGGCCCUGACCUCGAAUUGGCCUGUGAGUUGUUAGGCUGGCGAAGAAUCGGCUGCUUCAGCCAGAACCUGCAACGCGCUCUCCUGAAGGGCCUCGAGGAUUCUCGCAUUGAGCGGAUUAUUCAGCUGUCGCGUCAGAUAUUCUCCCAGUUCUCUCGCAGUUGGAGGAGGAAGCGGGAUCUCUCCAUAGCUCAGGGACAGAAAGGCCUGCCCAGGAACGCCCUGAAAACCGACAUCCAGGCGCACUGGGUGACCACCCUGGACAUGCUGGAGAGGUUCCUUGAGCAGCAGGACGCUGUAAGAGCUGUCCUGGCUCACGAUCGCAAGACGUGUCACCUGGUUCCGACCUGGCAAGACAUCGACGUGCUUGAGUCGGUGAUCGGCGUUUUGCGUCCGUUUCGAGAGAUGACAGAAGCCCUGUCUUCCGAGAAAUUCAUCUCCAUCUCCGUCGUAAAUCCCCUGAUCAAGCACAUCUGCAACGACCUCGUGAGGGAGGAACAGGAGGAGGUAACGCUGGGUUUUCUCAUGAGAAUGAGGAUCAAGCGCGACCUUGAAAUCCGCUAUGGGGACCCGGAAUUGGUUCACUUUCUGGAGAAAGUCACCUUCAUCGACCCCAGGUUCGGUCCCACUUGUGUGGACAAUCUAGAGGGCGUCCUCCAGCAAAUCAAAGAAGAGGUCCUCGCCGGCAAAGUCAUCGAAGACUCCUCCUUGCUGCUUCAAAUUGGCUUUGAUGGUUCGACUGUCUCCCCAUCGAGCUCUUGCUGUUGGUACGACGGAGACAGCCCAGGUCCAAGCCAACCGAAGAAAGCGAAAUAUGGAGGAGGACUCGCAAAGAUCUUUGGGAAGCAGAGCGGAGAUCCAGCUGUGGACAAGAUGACAACCACUUCAGUUUCACUGCAGGAACAGCUUGACCGGGAACUUGAUUUUUACUUCAAGGAACCCAAACUGUCGCUGGAGAGUUGUCCACUCCAAUGGUGGAAAGCCACCCAGAGCUGCCUGCCUUUGUUGGCAAAACUGGCCAAAAAGUACCUCUGUAUCUCUGCCACCAGCGUGCCGUCAGAAAGCGCUUUCAGUAGCACCAGUUACGCGCUCACUGACUAUCAAAACAGCGUGAAACCAAAGCACAUGGAUCAACUUGUCUUCUUAUCAGAAAAUUUGCCUUGAGGGUCAGACUGUUGAUGCCUUUAAAGAUGAGCUUCAGUUCUCAAAUUAAUCCAAGGGCUGUUGAAGCCAACUUGACUGAUAUUUCACUGUCAUAUAUAUUUAUGGUGUGUCAGAUAAUUGGAACUUGGGUGGUAAUAAUAAUAUUAUUAUUAUUAUAUUCAGUGUGUUUUGAUGAUGCUACUGUCUAUUGAAUCCAUCCUUGAGAUAGAUGGCUGGUGAGGACUAGUUAGUGUGACUUCUCUAUCAUUGGCUGAUGAGGUGGGCAGAAUAGGUUCUCUUCCCAUUCUCACCCCCUCACCAACCACCUAUCCAGAUAUAGGAGGAGGCCAUUCAGGGUACCAAGCCUGUCCUGCCAGU